AUCAUCCCCGAGCAGAGAGAGGUGUUGUGCUGGAGGAGCUGAUCCAGAAAAAAGAGAAAGAAAGAAAGCGAGGACUCUCAUCACAGCUGACGCGGCGCAGGGAGCUCGCGGGCACAACAACACAACAGGUGAGCGUCACGAUGAACCCUCCAUCCUCUGCUUCCGUCGCCAUCUGCCAACCAACCGAUCUGUCGCCAUGGUGAGAAGGAGAGAGAGGGAGCACCUGGACCGUGACUCUGUUGUAGAGACGCCCUUUUAAAGUCGGAGUCAGUUGCUAUGGUGAUCCUGUAGCCAUCAACAGUCGCUAUGGGAACGUCCAGGAUGUUCCGUGUCUUCGUGGUCCUGGGCUCGGCCUUCAUGAUCCUCCUGAUCAUCGUCUACUGGGACGACGUCGGCGCCUCGCAUCUGUAUUUGCACACGCCCGUCUCGCCGGGCCCCAAAAUCCCGCAUCAUCCGCCGCCGCCGCCGCCGCGUCAACCUCAGGCCUCCAGGACGCCGUCCUUCCUGUCCGACAUCGACGCUUUCGUGAACCAGUUCUUGGAGCCGGGAACUGGCGAGCCCACAGAAGCCGCCCCCUCUGACGCCAGCAACCAAUCGGAGAAGGCAGAAGAACGGUAUGUGCCGCGGCGGGAGUGGAAGAUCCACCUGACCCCAGUGGCAGCCGAGCUCCGUGAGAGACAGGAGCAGCGGCGCCGGUUACUGCAGGAGAUGUGCGCCAAUGACAGCGUGACGUUCCCUGGCAAAAACCGCUCCUUUGACGACAUUCCCAACCGGGAGCUGGAUCACCUCAUCGUGGACGACCGGCACGGAAUCAUCUACUGCUACGUUCCCAAGGUGGCGUGCAGUAACUGGAAGCGCAUCAUGAUCGUGCUGAGUGAAAGCCUGCUGCGGGACGGCGUCCCCCAGAGGGACCCGCUGGCCGUCCCCCGGGACCUGGUCCACAACAGCAGCAUGCACUUCACCUUCAACAAGUUCUGGAAGCGCUACGGCAAGUUUGCGAGGCACCUCAUGAAGGUGAAGCUGAAGAAAUACACCAAGUUCAUCUUCGUGCGGGACCCCUUCGUGCGUCUCAUCUCCGCCUACCGGAAUAAAUUUGAGCUGCGCAACGAGGACUUCUAUCGGCGCUUUGCGCAGGUCAUGCUGCGCCGCUACGCCAACCAGCCCACGCCGCCCGCCUCCGUGGACGAGGCGUUCGGCGUGGGCCUCCACCCCUCCUUCUCCAACUUCGUCCAGUACCUCCUGGACCCCCAGACGGAGAAGGAGAUGCCCUUCAACGAGCACUGGCGGCAGGUGUACCGGCUCUGCCACCCGUGCCAGAUCCAGUACGACUUUGUGGGCCACCUGGAGUCGGCGGAGGAGGACGCCGAGCACCUCCUGCGGCAGCUGCGCGUGGACGACGUGGUGGAGUUCCCCACCUCCCACAGGAACCUCACGGCCAGCAGCUGGCAGUCCGAUUGGUUCAGCACGGUGUCGGCCGAGGCUCGGAGAGAACUCUACAAGCUGUACGAACCCGACUUCAGGCUCUUUGGCUACGACAGACCAGACUCGAUCCUCAAUGAGUGACACACACACACACACACACACACACACACAUACAUUUGUUUAUAUCAUGAAAUGAUGCUACACUCAAACAACAGGGACACCUCCGCUCGUUCUAGGGUUUGCAUCUGUAUCCUCGGUGUGUGUGUGUAUGUGUGUGUGUGUGUGUCCUACCCUGAAUGUGCACGUUGUUAAGGACCCGCGCUGCUCUGAAGAAGCACACUAAUGAGGUGAAUCCAGGUUAAUAGCCAUUACCAACUAUUUUCCUUUAUAAGUCACAAAGACGACCAGAAGCACGCACACACACACACACACACACGCCGGAGGGAGACGGUGGACGUGUGGCGAGCACGUCGUGCAUUCAACGUGGGCCUUGACUAUUCGAUGUCACGCCACGGCCGCCGUGGUGCAGCCGUGGCGACCACGCGGGCUUUGUAGCGGGACGGCGAGCUGAUGUCACAGAGGCCGUCCCCUGCGUUUGUGUCGUCAUGGAAACCCUUUUGGUCAGUAACGAACAUAGAAAUGUGGGCGACGAGGGAAAACGAAGAAAAAAAACAAGGUGUUACUAGAGUGCUUGUGGUCGUAUAAUUUAUUUCACGUUUAUGUGAAGGAUGAAAGGGAUUUUUCUUUUUUUAUGUACGUUUAAAAAAAAUUAAAAGAAGAUUAAAGGCGGCCGUCGCCAUCCGAGGCUCGUAGAACUCGUUGGUCCCGCUCAGACAGAUGAAAGCCUUCAAGCGUCUUCAAGCCCGCGCGUUAGAUUACGUUCGUAGAAAACGGGUCCGCAGCUAGUCCCCUCAGACCGCUCCACCUCAUCUCAGAAAGCACAGCGGCCCCGGGGCCCGGCUUCGGCUCCGAGGCGUCAAGGUUUUUACGUUCUUCUUUUCAUCUCGAGCCUCUGAGCCUUUUAACGUCUUUCCAAGAGGGAACGUUAUCUUUUUUCCGCUCGUUGUGUCGUGUGGUAUAAACUCUGUCUCGCCGCACACGCCCACCUCGCCAGUGUUUGGGUCGUCAGGUUUUUAUAUCUCUUUUUGUAUUUUUGUUAUGCUCUCUUCGUGGUAUUUUCUUGUUUUAUGGUCCUGAUGGAGAACAGAAUCUUUUUGCUCCGGGCAAAUGGCAACACCGUGAAACGGACUCAUUUUGUCAGGGUCAAGAAAAACGGCUUAUUUAUUAUUGGCAGAAUAAAAACUGAAUACGUGCUGCUUUUGUAAUGAGGGGAAAUGCAUCUGUGGGGUGGUAAUGGAUGUUUAUGAAGAUUAGUUUGGCUGGUGGCAUGUUUAUUUGUUUGUUUUUUGACGCUUAAACGCUGUUAAAGUGCUUCGAGGUCUGUUGAAGCUUCAGUUUCCGGAGCUCGUCCUAUUUUGACUUUCAGCAAAAUCCGACAACAAUUUGUUGUCGCAGACCCCAAACGAAAAAAAAGAAUCUAUUUUUGUGAUUCAUGUUUUUGUUAAAUGUGUAUUAAAGUCACAGGAGACUUUUCUGUGUGAUCUCGUUCCCUUUCAUGUUUUGGGGGAAAUGCAAAGUGUUCCUUCCCUUUCAUUAUCAGUGUUAUGGCGUCAAGAGGAAUAAAGGUCGUGGGGCAUGAUGCAGUA